AUGUUGGCCACAAACACCACUGAACUGCUCCACCCACUGUCCAUCACGUCGGAUUGUCCAACAUCAGUACCAUCUCGCCCGACACAUUCGUCAGAGGCCGACCUGGAUAGCAGGCCGCCAAGCUUCGCAAUGGACCAGCACCUUGCCAUAUCCUUCAUAUUAGAGAUAGAGUAUACCAUUACCAGUGUAUUUAUGCCGCAUUUCAUCAACUACCCCAAUGGUUCCGUACCAUGUGUGUUGGGCACCGUGGUGGGUGUCAACCACUCAUCAAUUCUCAUCGACUAG